UCUGCUCUUGUCUUGCUGCCGAAGCUGCCUACCCGGUUUGUUGUGGUCACCGAUCCUCGGACUCAGUUUUGGGGAAGAUGACAGCGAAGAAGUCGGGGUCACGGCUGGAGACAGAGAUCGAGCGCUGCCGCUCUGAGGGUCAAUGGGACAGAAUCCCAGAUCUUAUUAGACAGCUGUCUGUCAAAUUAAUCGCAAACGAUGAUUUGGCUGAGCUAUUGUUGGGGGAAGCAAAGCUUCAGCAGUACCUCAAAGAGAACCCUAUCAAACAGGGAGCGAGCCCUCGCGGAGCCAAGCCAAAGCUGAUGGAAGUCAGGAAACACCUGACAGCAGCUCUUGACAGAGGAAAUCUAAAGUCUGAGUACAUGCAAGAGGCCAGUUUAAUAAUGGCCAAGCUGAACUAUGUGGAAGGCAGUUACAGGGAGGCUCUCAGCAAUUACUUCAAAGUUGGCCUUGAUGAUCUGCAGCUGGUUGGCAUCCCUGUUUAUAGGUUGUCAAUGAUCGCUGAAGCAUACGCAACAAAAGGUUUGUGCCUGGAAAAAGUGCCAGUGGCAUCCCCGGUCAGUAAUCGACACACUGGUCGUGAACAGGAAAUCAUUACUUGCUAUGAGAAAUCAGGCGACAUCGCACUGCUGUACCUGCAGGAAGUGGAGAAGGCUCUGAGCAGUGGGAUUCAGAACAGGAGUCCCAAGCCAGGCCCAAUCUCCCAUGAACAGGAACUGGGAUUUUUCCUGGAAACAGGGCUUCAAAGAGCACACGUCAUUUACUUCAAAAAUGGAAACUUGACAAGAGGGGUUGGAAGGUUUAGAGAGAUCCUGAGAGCAGUUGAAACAAGAACAACACAGAACUUGAGAAUGACAAUCGCUAGGCAGUUAGCUGAGAUCUUGUUAAGAGGAAUGUGUGAACAGAGCUAUUGGAACCCGCUGCAGGACCCUCCACAUCAGUCACCCUUGGAUGACCCUCUACGACAGGCAUCCAACAUUGAGGACUACGCCCUCAGUAGAAGGCCAAAGGUGUAUGCCGGAGAAAACAUAUUCUGUCCUCAGGAAAACACAGAAGAAGCCUUGUUACUGCUACUAAUUAGUGAAUCAAUGGCAAACAGAGAUGCUGUGCUAAGCAGAAUUCCUGAACACAACAAUGAUCGUAUUAUUAGUUUACAAAGUGCCUCUAUUGUGUAUGAUCUACUGACAAUUGCACUUGGUAGAAGAGGACAAUAUGAAAUGCUGUCUGAGUGUCUGGAGAGAGCAAUGAAGUUUGCAUUUGAGGAGUUUCACCUUUGGUACCAGUUUGCUUUGUCCCUUAUGGCUGCAGGAAAGUCGGCACGUGCUGUGAAAGUCCUGAAGGAGUGCAUUCGCCUGAAACCAGAUGACCCAACUAUUCCGCUUCUUGCUGUCAAGUUAUGUAUUGGAACAUUGCACUGGUUGGAAGAAGGAGAGCGGUUUGCCAAAAUGGUGAUUGAUAUGGGGGAAAAGGCAUCGGAGUUCAGACCCAAAGGUUACUUAGCCAUUGGUCUUGUGUACAGCCUAAAAGCCACCGAUGCAUCCUUGCGGGGAGUACAGGAAGAAUAUCAGCGGAAAGCUCUUGGUGCUUUUCAAAGGGCCCAAAGUUUGUCUCCAAUGGAUCAUCUUGCUGCAUUUUACCUGGCCUUGCAGCAUGCUGUAUCCAGACAGAUUCCAGAAGCUGUAGGCUAUGUCCGCCAAGCGCUCCAGCUCCAGGGAGAUGACGUGCACUCCUUGCAUCUCUUGGCCCUUUUACUAUCGGCACAGAAGCACUACCACGACGCCCUCAACAUCAUUGAAAUGGCACUGAGCGAAUAUCCAGAACAUUUUAUAUUGCUGUUUACAAAAGUGAAAUUGGAAUCAGUCUGCAAGGGUCCCGAUGAAGCACUGUUGACUUGUAAACAUAUGCUGCAGAUCUGGAAAUCCUGCUACAAUCUCACCAACCCCAGUGACUCUGGACGUGGCAGCAGUCUAUUAGAUAGAGCUAUGGCAGACAGAAGACAAAUUAACAACAUGACACUGCCUGACUUUAGUGACCCAGAAACAGCUUCCAGCUCUUCCUCUUCUAUCUCUGGAUCCGAGCCUUCUCUCCACUUUUUUAUUUCUUCUCACCACUCUCCCCAUUCCAAAUCUGACCCCACCCCGAAGCCCAGCAGCCGUCAUUUCUGUGACCACGCGCCUGGACGCCGGGCUUCCUCCCCUUGUUCAGUCCAUGCCACUUCAGUCGCAGCCUCCCGAGUGGAACAGGCCCUGUCUGAGGUUGCUUCCUCUCUGCAGAGCAGUGCUCCUAAGCAGGGGCCUCUCCAUCCCUGGAUGACUCUAGCACAGAUCUGGCUUCAUGCAGCUGAAGUCUACACUGGUAUUGGGAAGCCUGCUGAAGCCACUGCCUGCAUCCAAGAAGCAGCAAACCUCUUUCCAACGUCACAUAAUGUUCUGUUCAUGAGGGGUCAAGUUGCAGAACUUCGGGGCAACACAGACGAAGCUAAGCGCUGGUAUGAAGAGGCACUAUCCAUCAGCCCAACCCAUGUCAAGACAAUGCAGAGAUUGGGCCUGAUUCUUCACCGGCUGGGUCGGUCCAGUUUGUCUGAGAAGAUCCUGCGUGAUGCCGUGCAGGUGAAUCCCACGUCUCAUGAUGUGUGGAACAGCCUGGGAGAGGUGCUGCAGACUCAAGGCCAUGACGAUGCAGCGACAGAGUGUUUCCUUACAGCUCUGGAGCUGGAGGCAAGCAGCCCCAUCCUUCCUUUCACCAUCAUUCCCAGGGCUCUCUGAACCAGCCACUGCAACCAGCACUCCCAACAACUUGGGCUGCUUCGUACCCAAGCACCGUACAAAAACAUUUAAGAGUUCAACAAGCAGUUGUAUGUGUUUUGGUCACAAAAGUAAUUUGUUUGUUGGCAAAAAAUAUUAGGAGUUACUACAUAUACUGUGACAUUUGCCAUCCAGUUUUCCAACAUUACCCAGAUCCCACACAUAUACAGUAGGAAAGGCUGUCGUUAAAAUAGAUUUUCUUUAUCAGUUUCACUACUUUUCCCAUAGUAUUUAAUACAGUAGUCUAACAGUCUGUGUACCAAGCAUGAGGUUUUGUAAAAACAAUUAUGAAUUAAUUUCACUACAGAUUUAUUUCACUGCAGGUAUAUAUUUUUUAGUGCUUGGAUAAACAGAAAAUGUUAGUCUUUGUUGAGGAAGCCAGGGUUAAUCAACGUUAUUUGUAACGCAAUCAGUAAAAAGAACGUUCAAAUCAUCUCAUGAUCGUAGUUACGAUGUUACUGGACCUCAGGCAUAAUUUGCUUGAUGAACUGAAUACAAAAUAAACAUGGACAAGGUGUGGCUUAGAAUCAAAACAGUGGCAUUGAUUGAUACAAUACACAAAAAAAUACCAUUUAGGACAGGGAUUCAGAUAUAAAACCAUUAAUGAAUGGUACAUCAUUUGCCUGUGAUGGUAUUUUUUGCAAGUUUUUAAGGACAGUUUGCAUGUUUUUGUUCAGUUUUUUACUAUUGAGAAGAUAACACCAUAUAUUAUUGUAAUUGGCUUAGGCACUGCAAGUGGUUAAAAGCAUAACUGAAUCCUUUUACAGACUAAAGAUGCAAAAAUAAUGACCAAUUCAAAACGCAGUGGACAUGUGCUGUACUGUAGUUUCUAUUUAUAUAAUCAAACAAAAUGAAUAUAUGUUUGCAUUACAUUACCUUUUGGGUAAUGUAAUUUACAGAACAAUUAUUAGAAGAAUAUUAUUUUAAUUACCAGUAUAUUUUACUGUGGGUUGUGUCUCUGAUACUGUGUCUGUUUUUAAGACUUUGCAAUAUUUAUAUUUUGUUCUGUUGUUGUCCCAUACGUGAAGAUUUUUCUUAAUUUUGAUCUUUUUAAGUUAGCACGUUAUUUAAGAGAUACAUAUUUAAACUGGAAAUUAUGCUGACAUUCCUUAUUUGAAAGAGUUAUCAAAAAGCUAAGUGGCAUCCUUACUAUUAAUUAGUACUGUGUUUGCCAGAGGGCUCCAUUACAUUUGGUCCAUUUGCCCAACAAAAAAGAAACAUAAAAUUCUGCACAGUCGAUGCAGCUAUGAUCUGUGAUUAUCUAACUAAAGAAUGUAAUACGAUUGGAGUACUCAUUGUUUGUGUGUUAAAAUUAAAACAUCUUUAUAGA